UGGGAACCAUGCUUGGCAGGUCUGGGUACCGGGCGCUGCCUUUGGGGGACUUUGACCGUUUCCAGCAGUCGAACUUCGGCUUCUUGGGCUCGCAGAAGGGCUGCUUGUCCCCGGAGCCGGGCGGCGUGGGGCCGGGGGCCGGUGAGUGGCCGCCCAGCGCAGCGGAUCCGAGGGAGAUCAGCAGGCACCCCCGAACUCUCUGCCUCUUGGGAGUCAGCGUGUCUUGCGUCUUCGCAGCCUAAGAGGAGGGACUGAGAGGGGUUUUCCACGAUAUGGAGAAGGGCUUGGAUCAGGCGCUGGGACACUACCGCCCAUCCGCCCUUCUUUGAGCUACGGGGCGGCAGCACUGGAGCUCUCUCAUCUUCCAUGAAGCCUCACCCCACCUCAUUUCUUCUUGGCAUUUAUCAGCCCAAAGGUUUCGGGUUUCCAUUUUGCCCAGAAAGAAACUAAGGUCAAGGCAUAGGAAGUCACCAGCACUCCAAGAGCACUUGGCCGCCGAGAAGUGGCAGAAUCUUAACCUCAGGGGACACCUCUAGAUUCCUCAAGCUUGAGUAUCUCCCUGGUUCCUGGUGGAGAUGCGCAGGCCAAAAAGUCAGGCCCUUAGAUGCCUGUCGUGUCUUCCCAGGCCCUGUUUUUCUUCAAAGCCUUGAGUAGGUCCCUUGAUCCAGAGAUGCACCUCAGAGCUGGCCCUCCUGCUUCUGUCAUGGCCUCAUCAGUUUCUUGGGGUUCUUACUGCUGCUGAUCACCUUCCCCAUUUCUGGUUGGUUUGCCCUGAAGAUCGUGCCCACCUAUGAGCGCAUGAUCGUGUUUCGACUGGGCCGGAUCCGCACCCCUCAAGGACCCGGUAUGGUUCUGCUCCUGCCCUUCAUCGACUCUUUUCAGAGGGUAGAUCUGAGGACACGAGCCUUCAAUGUUCCUCCCUGCAAGUUGGCCUCUAAGGAUGGGGCUGUGCUAUCCGUGGGGGCCGAUGUCCAGUUCCGCAUCUGGGACCCGGUACUGUCGGUGAUGACGGUGAAGGACCUGAACACAGCCGCACGCAUGACCGCCCAGAACGCCAUGACCAAGGCCCUGCUCAGGAGGCCCCUGCGAGAGAUCCAGAUGGAGACGCUCAAGAUCAGCGACCAGCUCCUGCUGGAGAUCAACGAUGUGACCAGGGCCUGGGGGCUGGAGGUGGACCGCGUGGAGCUGGCAGUGGAGGCCGUGCUCCAGCCGCCCCAGGACAGCCCAGCGGGGCCCAGCCUGGACAGCUCCCUGCAGCAGCUGGCCCUCCACCUCCUGGGAGGCAGUGUGCCUUCAGGGGCAGGAGCUGCCCGGCUCCCUGGACCAGCAGAUACCUUGGAGAUGGUGAGCGAGGUUGAGCCGUCUGCCUCUCACGGGGGUGCCGGGUCCAGCCCCAAGCAGCCUGUGGCCGAGGGGCUGCUGACGGCUCUGAAGCCCUUCCUGUCAGAGGCCCUGGUCAGCCAGGUCGGGGCCUGCUACCAGUUCAACGUCGUCCUGCCCAGUGGCCCCCAGAACAUCUACUUCCUGGAUCUCACUGCAGGGCAAGGGAGGGUGGGACGCGGAGUGCCUGAUGUCGUCCCCGACGUGGUGGUGGAGCUGUCCGAGGAGGACCUGCAGGCCCUGUUGUGCAGGGAGCUGCGGCCCCUGGGGGCCUACAUGAGCGGGCGGUUGAAGGUGAAGGGUGACCUGGCCGUGGCCAUGAAGCUGGAGGCUGUCCUCAAGGCCUUGAAGUAGCAGGUUUGGCUGCCUGUCGGUAGCCCGGCCCUGAGCCAGGCACCUAGCCAGGGAGACAUCUUGGAGGAGGCGGCCCUGGCACGGCACCUUGGAUUGUUGAAGCCCUGGGGAGUGUCAGACCCAGCGGGAGACAGUGAGUGGAGGCUGGGAGACACUGGAGCUAGGAGGGGCUGAGUCAGGCAGCCCUGCCCUUCUCAGCCACAGCGGUUCUCUCAGCAAGGGUUUGCUGAUCCUGGUCCUCUGCCCAACUGGGUACACAGGCAAUAACAGGAGAGCCAGGCCUGCUCUGCUCCUCUGGCGACCUGGCUGGAGAGGCAGGGCUGACAGAAACAGCCCAGCAGCAGCUGGUUUGGUCCUGGUGUGAGGGAGCUCUGCAUGUGACUCAGGCUCCAGGUUCCAAGAAGAGGGGGUCAGAGACGGGGGUCAGAGCAGCUCGGGGAGGGAGAGAGAAGGGACCAAGCAGAGGUCCUUGCCUUGGGAGGGAUCUGAGAUUGGACAGGGUCUGCCUUGCUGAUUGCAGUCCAGGCCCAGACUGGGGGUGGGGGAGGGGAGGGAGACAGGGGGGCAGGGCGGCGUCUCCCUGGCCCUGCUCCUGAGGGUGUCUUGACUCAUCUCCCAGCCUCAGUCUUGCAUGCCCGACGGGCUGGGGCCAGGGCAGCAUGACGGAGAGCCCUGCCGUUCCUGUGCUUCUUACCAGAGGUUUGAAAACCUCAAAUAAAUGUGCUGUUUACAAUGUAUCUGGAGAGAAAUAGGGGUCAAGGGGGUGGGGAAGAGGGCUCCGAGGUGAUGUCCCUGCUGCCAGCCCGGGACCCAGGCCCUAAAGGAUGACGCGAGCCCCAACAGUGCUCUGGAGUCACCCACAGUUCCCCUUCCUGACGAGGGUCUGAAAGCGGGCAGGAGCAGGCAGUGUUCCUCUUUAUAGUUUGGGUAGAGGUUUGCAGGAAGGAUGUGGGUGUGACAGAGCUGGCCGGGCAAACCGUUAAUCCGGCGAAGGGCGGGGGCCCCUGUCACACUCGCGAGGAGCUGGAGCUGCUCUCGCCUGCCCCUCCUGCUUACCCCCGUCACUGUUUCCCCACUGGUCUGGCCCAGACCCCAGGGACCCCAGAGAAGGAGGGCCUUGGACAUCUUGAGUUCUAAGGAAUGAAUCACAUCCCAGAGAGGCUUGUGGAAAAAACCCAACGGAAAUCCGAGCCUUCUCUUUGAGGAACAGCCUCUGGCUUGUCCUCUGGCACCAAGCCUUCCCCCGCAGGGCCCUGUCCAGCUGCCUUGGCACCAGGCUCCAUCCAGUUUGCCCUUUGGUUCCUGGCAAUGCCCGCCUUGGCCCUGCUCUUGUAGGUCCUCCCAGAGUAGACCAAACUGCCUUUGGGUUCAGGUUUCAGCCCCAGGGCCCCUCCCUGAAGGGCCAGAGCCCCAGGCUGCGGACCCUACCCUGACCCUCUCUCCACUGCUCUGGAGGCCGCCCAGCCGGGGCCGCCUGUUCAAAAGCCUUCCCUCCAGUCCCCACCGCCCGUGAGCCCUAGCGGGGCCUGGGCUCCCGCGCUGCUUUGGGGCUGUCUUUGAGCCCAUUCCCCGCUGCUUCUGUUACUGUUCUUGUGUGAAUGUCCGCCCUCCCUGCUGGACCCUGAGCUUCCUGCCUGAGCCGUUCAUCACUGUUCGCUCGGCUGGGCGGCUGCACACAGUGCCCCAGGGGUGGGAGGGGAAGCCCCAGGCGCUUAAGGGAAACUGAAACUCAGAUUUUCUCUGUGGGUGUCAGAGGAGCAGCAUGAUGGGGGGAAACCGAAACUUUUGUAGAUGUCUGUGUGGGUGGAGAGCAGAAUCUGCUGCCAGCCGUUAAUGCCCUCAUCCCAUGGAGGGGAACUCAUUCCUUCGCGAGGCCAGCGCUCCAGGACAGGGAGCCCACAGGCUCAGGCCUCUGGGCUUCGGAGGACCCAGCAGACUGCAGUCCCGGGGGGUGGGGGUGCAACGAGGGGCACCUAACGGGGCCAGGGUGUGAGGGGCGGGGGAGGAAAGGAUGUCCAUCAGAGAAAGCUUUCUGAGGAGUUGAUGCCCGAGACUCACAGUUUACACGGACAUGAGAGAAGGAAGGAAAUGGGGGAGACACUCGGCAGAGGGGAGAGUCCCUGUGAAGCCACAGGAAGGGGUAGCAGGCACCUCCGAUUUGGGGAACUGGGACCUGAAGUCUGAGGGGGGAUGUGUGCAGGGAUUUUGUAGUAGUAUAGUAACUGAUCCUGUGUGCCAGCUCUGCCCCUGUUCUGCAUUAGACGCUUCCUGUAUUUGUUUCCCCAAGGUAACCCGAUGAAUAAUGGUAACUAAACAGUUACGCUAUGCUUUAUCUAUAUAUAAUGUAUUUUUCUGAUAUUUUUUAAAUAAGUAUUUAAUUUUGAAUAGAGAGGUUUAAAAAGGCAAGCUAUGAAAAUUGUUCCUCCUACUCUUAACUCCAUCCACGUAGUUUCAAACAGAUAUCCCCUGGUAUUAGUUUCCAAGUUAUUCUUCCAGAAGUUGGGGUUUGGGGAUUUCCCUGGUGGUCCAGUGGUUAAGACUCUGUGCUUCCACUACAGAGGGUGCAGGUUCAGUCCCUGGCCAGGGUGCUAAGAUCCCACAUGCUGUGCUGCACAGCCAAAAAAAAAAAAAGAAGUUGGAAUUUUAAAAAAAUAUACUUGCAAGAAAGUCCAAAUAUAUUAUUCUCUGGGAUUUUUUUUUUUUUUUUUACAGAAAUGGCAGCAUAGCAAAUACAAUGUUAAUCUGUUCACUUAACAUUGUGCUUGAGACUCUUUCCACAUUUGCACACCUAGACUUUCCCUGUUCAAUUUUAUAUUAAUAGUUACAUAGGAUUCAGUUGUAUGGGUAUAUCAUAGUUUAUUUUACCUGGUUUGGAUUGAUAGACAUUCAGAUUAUUUUCUUAUGUUUUGCUAUUUCAAACAUUCAUGCAGUAGUAACCUUUCACACAUGCUGUUGUGGUUAAAGUUCAUCUGUGGGAUAAAGUCCUAGAAAGGAAAUUGCUAGGUCAAAGCAUUUAUAAUUUAGUAUUGCCCAAAUGCCUUCUUUAGGGAUUAUUCUAAUUUACACUCCCCUCAUCAGUAAGUGAGAGUCUGUUUUUCCUCACAGCCAUGCCAACACAAUGUGUUAUUAAACUCUGGAAUUUUUUGACAGUUCAGUAAAUUAAAAAGUUCAUCUCAGUGUGA